GGAGGGCAUGCGAGAGUGCGAGCAGGCUGGGAAGGAGGGCGAGGGGAGAGCGCCUCGCGCCAUGGUCCUCGGGCACUCGGAGAUGUCCCUCCUGUGACUGGAUGCACCAUGAGCAUCUGGGAGGUGAUCCUGGCUUUCGUGGUGGUGGUGCUGAUGCUCGUGGCCCUGCUGGCCAACGUGCUGGUGCUGAUGUGCUUCUUGUACAGCGCCGACAUCCGCAAGCAGGUCCCGGGAUUGUUCAUCCUCAACCUCACCUUCUGCAACCUGUUGAUGACCGUCUCCAGCAUGCCCCUGACCCUGGCUGGGAUCAUUUACAAGAGGCAACCGGGAGGAGAUCAGAUCUGCCACGUUGUGGGCUUCCUGGAGACUUUCCUCACCACGAACUCCAUGUUGAGCAUGGCAGCGUUGAGCAUUGACAGGUGGAUUGCCGUGGUCUUCCCUCUAAGUUACCACUCCAAGAUGAGGUACAGAGAUGCUGCUCUCAUCCUGAGCUACACGUGGUUACACUCCGUGUCAUUCCCCAUAGUGGCAGCGUCUCUCUCCUGGGUGGGUUUCCAUCACCUCUAUGCCUCCUGCACCCUGUACAACAAGAGACCAGAGGAUAGGACACAGUUUGUGAUUUUCACUGGGGUCUUUCACACCCUCAGCUUCCUCCUCUCCCUUAUAGUCCUGUGUUUCACUUAUCUCAAAGUGCUGAAGGUGGCACGGUUCCACUGUAAGCGGAUUGACGUGAUCACUAUGCAGACCCUGGUACUGCUUGUGGACAUCCAUCCCAGCGUAAGAGAGCGUUGUCUAGAAGAGCAGAAGAGACGGAGGCAACGAGCAACAAAGAAAAUAAGUACCUUCAUUGGCACCUUUAUACUUUGUUUUGCACCUUACGUUAUCACAAGACUUGUUGAAUUAUCCUCUACGAUCCCCAUCAACUCCCACUGGGGAAUUAUCUCCAAGUGCUUAGCUUACAGCAAAGUUGUUUCAGACCCUUUUGUGUACUCUUUGCUACGGAAUCAGUACAAGAAGACAUGGAAGGACAUCAUAAACAAGAUCCUCAAAAGGAGCUCCAUCAACUCCUCUGCCCUCACGAGUGAGUCGCACAAUCGAAAUAUAUUGCAGCUGAAUGAAUGAGGAACCUUCCUCGUGGGUAUGGGAUCUUCCAGAAGCAUUAAAUGAUAUAUGAGAAACAACAGUAACUGGCCUAUCCCUAGUAGCUAUCCUCAGCUGUCAAGGCUUCGGGAGAUGGUCACAGGGGCUGUGACCCUCCCACAGCCCUCGUACACCCAUGGGAGGCUGCUUUGAGCGUCCUCUCUCCAACAGCAGCGUGCUAUUGGUGCGUGGGCCUGCAGACUUCGCCAAGACCAAUCUCCCAUUGAUUUCCAUCAGCAGUUAUGCAUAGAGUGAAAAGCUGCUCCUUGGUGGAAGGGCUCAUGAGAUUAGCAGGAGCAGAAAGGUGCAAUAGUGAGAUUAUUUAAAAAGAAAGCCACACAGAGAUAUCUGUGCUAUGCUCUUCAAUGGCUGCAGAUCGGAGUCUCUCUGAUGGAUCUGCCAGCUUUACAAAACAACCUCAACCUGGUUGCUUCAGCAGGUACCCUAUAGAAAAGAUCUCAAUAGGAAAAUCUUAACAGCAAAAUCUUCACCUGGGCACUCGUACAGUGCCCAGUAUAGCUUUCAAUCUCAUCUAGUACAUCUCAUUUGAACAAUUCUGUUGAACUGAGUGGAAGGAAAAUUACUUUACUAGUACACUACAUCCUGGAUUCUGAUGUGUCUUCUAAGUAACUUUCUCAAAAUUCUAUUAUUUUCCUCUCCAUUAAAUUUUAAAAUAGUUUAAAAAAAAAAAAAAAGGUAGAUAGAUAGGAUGGAAAGGUUAGGAUGCCUCCUGCCUACCCUCAACCCCCCUUUUUAGGAUUUCUGAAUUAUAAAGAGAUGGAAUUUGUCCCAAAGCCGCAAAAAUCAAGAAAUCAAUAAUAAUUAAUUGGUUGACACUGCUAUGAUUUUAGUAAUAGUUCAUAAAACAACUUGCAUCCAGAAAAUGUGUCUUCCUCAUAAUCUCUUGAAAUUAUUUUCUGGUAAAGACCUAUUGGUUUCAAAGGUUUGACAUUUAUACUUUGAUUGCCAAAAGACUUGCAACCAGCUCUGACCUUAACUCUGUAACCAUUUGUCUCCAGCAAAGUCCACAAGGCAAAGGUAAGAUAACAUAAGAAAUUUUUACUUACUAGGUCAAGAAACCUUCUGUUCGGUGGCCAUAAAUCCACAGAUGAUAGUUGGUAAAGGUGAAACAGCAAAUACACCACAGAUUAUGAAUAGUCUUGGCUUAUCAGGUUCCAUGCAUGCAGUGGCAGUUUAUAUAGCAGCUGACAUUGCUGGCUCCGUUAACAUCUAUUCUUCCUUAUAUUCCAGCUGUAAAUACGGAAAUCAGAAUCAUAUUGAUGGAAUUACUUUUUAGCUGCCACUUCUUGUGUCCUCCAAGCAAAGGGCACUGGAUGGCAUCUAUAGCUCUGCAAAAGACCUUUCCUUUGCUUGGAAGAUACAAGAUGAAGAAGCUAAAUUAGUAUAUUCUGCUUCAUUUAUGAUAAGUAACCAAUAUCAGUCACUUUGCAAACCGCGGCAUACUCUGUUUUACAGGUUCCACCCUGAAUAUUUGUCCUCUAACACAACAGAGAUUAUGACAACAACAAUUGCCAUCAAUUCAAAACCUGGAUAGGUAACUUGGUGAACCCCAAAGUCAACGUAUUUGGGGUAAUAGCUCAGGUGCUGGUGUGCAGAGCCUCGCCUUAGCCCCACUCCCUGGCAUGAUAUCACAGCUGCAAGGAAAAUGAUAAUCUAAUGUUAAUCUCAUCGCCACCUGCUUUGUAAAUGCAAGAUUUAAUAGAAUGAAGAUCAGUAACAGCCAUGUAAAUAAAAAUCUUCAGCUUAGCUAUCCAGUUUAGUUAUAAAACCACAGGAUAAAUGAAGUAAAAUACAUACACAAAUAUAGUCAUGGGAUCUAAGUUUUGCCAACACUGUGUUCAGGGUUAGCCAUUCGUCAUGUUACAUUGUCUACCUCAUCUUAACCAUUGGACUUGUUAGGCUUAAUGUAAUUUUCUCAGGUGCAAUCAGUAAAAAGACCCCGUUUGAUACUUGUUUCUUACAAAAUUCAAGUUGUGUGGAUGACUUCGUUGUAUCCUGAAAGGAUAUUACAAUGCUGUUGGAGAGGGUCCAGAGGAAGGACGCAAAGAUGAUCAGAGGGCUGAGUGCACCCACUAUGAAGACAGGCUGAGGGAGCUGGGCUUGUUCAGCCUGGAGAAGAGAAGGCUGCGGGGUGACCUCAUUGCAGCCUUCCAGUACCUAAAGGGAGCCUACAAAUAGGAGGGGAGUCAAGUCUUUCAAAGAGUAGAUAACAGCAGGACAAGGGGGAAUCGUUUUAAGUUGAAGUAAGACUUAGAUUGGAUGUCAGGGGAAGGUUCUUUACUAUGGGAGUGGUGAGGUGCUGGAACAGCUGCCCAGAGAGGUUGUGGAUGCCCUGUCCCUGGAUGUGUUCAAGGCCAGGUUGGAUGGGGGCCUAGGCAGCCUGGUCUAGUAUUAAAUGGAGGUUGGUGGGAAUGCAUGAGGUCCCUUCCCACCCAAGCCAUUCUCUGAUUCUGUGAUUAUUAGUGAGCUUAAAAAGGUAAAAUGCAUCAUACCAAGAUGUUAUGUAUUUGACUAAGACCCUUUCUAUGUAAGCAAAUUAGAACGGGAUGAUGGUUGAAGUCCAUAAGCACUGUCAGUUUAAACACUGGGUUACUGCCUAGUCAAUGGGACCUUUGCAUGUUGAUAAACCUAGCCCCAAAUGGUUUUCACAUUUUCAAUCCAUUAUUCCAAUAGAGAAAAAUAAUUUCCCAGAAAAAAAAAAGCUGUUGUUAGAAUGACUGGUAAAAGGUGGAGAAGAAUAUAGCAUCAGACUGUGUAUCACAGUCAGUCCUUGGUUGAUUUAUGUGUCACCAUGAGCAAUAAAUCUCUCCCCUUGUAUGCGUUUAAAGCUUUGUCUUUCUUUCAUUGUGCCUUUCUUCCAGAAUUAAUCUCAUAGCAGAGAAUAAACAUAAUUUCCCCUCACUUACAUCAGAUCUCUGACACAUUGUCAUAUUUCUACCAUCUGAAGCAAGCGGGAGCUGUGCAUGCUGGCGCUUGACAAACUGACUCCAUAUACAAAUAAAAAUAAUACCCUAACAUUUCCGGAUGACAUUUUAUAAGAGAUAGAAAUAUGAUACUGUGGCUCGUUAAGUGCUAGCUAUUCAGCUGAGUUCUUAUAGGCAACCAGCAAAAUUUUCUGAAAUGUAUGUCUAAGUGAUGAAUGUAGCUAUGACUAAUGUGUCUGCUGAGUUUUAUAUGUACUAUACAACACUUUCACUCCAGUGAGUUAGAAUAACGAUGGCAAACAUAAUGCUCAAUACUUCAUUAUCUCUGCUCGUCAGUCGGAACUGCUCUCUUGUCAAACGCCCAUGAGAGGGUGUGUGUGUGAGGGGUGGGUUUUCCAUUUGUUAUUUAAAUGUUUUUGAAUAAUGUUGUAAAUUACAGCUACGAUGUGCCCAAAAUAUGGAACUGCAUGUGCAAAGCUUGUGCAGCUGCUUAAGCAAUAUGCAGUUGUCUGUUUGGUGGUAUCUGCAAUUCGUAUGCAAUAUCUAUUCCUCACAUGCAUGUUCAAUUAACAUUUUCUUCCUAUCUUGUAAGUUUGGCAGGCAGAACAUUGGCAGACAAUUAAAAGUAUUUAACCCAGUAUGCCAUUUUGCAGGUCCUGAGCUUUUCCUGGCACUCAUUUUACAACCAUAUAUUAUUUAUAUUAUGUCAGAGCCAUAGCUGUGAACACCAUUUUGUAUUACAUUUUUAAUCCAGUUUGGAUGUGAAGAUUUAGGUAAUUCCUUUCGGCAGAAUGCAUAAGAGAAUGAAAUGAGUUUAUUGAGUAAAUAAGCAGUACCAAAUCCACCUCCAGACGUAAAUAAAUAUAGCUAUUGUUUCAGUUGAUGAUUCAGUCCCAUUAGAUAACUAUAUCCAGGUUUUAUACAUCUGACUUCUAGAUGUGUAAGGCCAUGUCUUCAAAUGUAUUUACAUAUGGCAAGAUGUAAACAGGAUUUAUUGAGUUCCUUGUGAGUGUAAGCACCCACAUGCAGUGUUAGGCAGCUGCAAGACCCAUCUGUAAGUGAGGUCUAUCCCCAUUGUUACCCCUUUUGAGGGUAAAAGAUCCUCAAAACUAUGUUUUUGAUGGCCCCAAGCCAUACUUCUUACAACAUCAACUUUUAAGAUACCAGUCCACAUCAAAAAUAAAGCCUUCCUAGAAAUUAAUUGGGCUGCAUCAAAAACAGCUGCAUCAGUACAACUUCAGAGGUUACCAAAUUGGGUCAAAAAUAUGAUUGAGAGGCUUGGGGCCAGAAAGUUUGGGAACUCUUAUCCUUACUCUGUUGCAGCAAUGAGUGUUACUGUGGCUGUAGUGGUCAUUUCCCUAAUAACUUUCUUCCAAACCAGGAGCAUGCCAGAUCUCUCAGCCAUCCACUUACCCCAAAGACAGCGUUUCUCUCAAGGCUCAGUAGCUGUCAUGGAGGAAUCCAAGUCUCCCCAAACAGCACAGUCUCCAUGGAAAAAUACUUGCUGGCUUGGGAAGGCUUAAAUAGUUUUCAGGUGGGAUGUGUGGGAAAGCCUCACACUGAUGGCCUGAAUCCAGCUCCACCUGGGUAAGUCUUGCUCAGGGAGGCAGACAGCCUAAUUCUUAAAGCCCCGGAGGCUCAGGUCAUUUGUGUGAAGAAAGCUUUUUCUUGAUUUAGUUGUCUAAAUUCUCAUAGUUCCUUCACCACCUCUUAAUACUAAAGAAAGGCUCUGCAGUCCCUAAGCAUCUUGCCCAGUCCAAUGUGCAGUGAAUGCUUUGAAACAUCCCAUUGGAAAUUGCUCACUUUCUACUGCUCCCAGGACUAUCAUCUCCCUCAUCUUCUUCUGAUUAAAUGAAACUUAUGUUCAACACCAGAGACUUCACGCCUAUGUCAGGUUGUUGCUACUUGGCCCUAAUAAUCUCAGUACAUUACUGCACACCAUGUUCAGCACAGAAAGCUCAGUUAGAUCGGUGGAUCCUAUGGUGUUUGCUUUAGGAGGCCCUGGGUAGUUAGCUCUAAACAUAGGCUUCCUUGUUUGUAGAUUCAGGGACUAUAUAAGCUACUCGAGCCUGAACAGGUGAGACAAUAACAUUUUAGCCUUAAAUUUAUUAUUAUAUUUUUUAAUUUGCAUUUUACGCUUUAAUUCAGAGCACUUAUUAUAUCUCAGAAUCUCUGAUGGAUGAAGUUUCUCUAUGAAAACCAUCCUUCUCAAACAGACAGCUGUCCUUGUUAGGAGGUAUAAAAGUUUACACGGAGAUAAGAGCUGCUGCAGUGUUUGUAAAAUGUCUACUUCUUACCUGUAGUCCUGAUGUGUAUCAUGUAAAUAUGUAUUUAGAAUUGUUGGGUUUUAAGCAUAUGAUGCUGAUCUAAUGAACGAGAUGCUAUGGUUUCCUAUAUAUGUCUAUAUUUAUAAUGGAGAUGGUUAGCCCUUUAGACUGUAAGUGCAAUUCAGAACUUUGCGUGUUGAGAAGCAAAUGUAUCUGCUGUAUGACAGCGUGCACGUGUGAUAAUUAUAUAGCAAAAUACGUUUGUUUUGUUGAAGAAGAUCCUACGUGGUUACAACAUUCCCAAAGGCCUGAGUCCACACGGCUGAUUAACAAUCCUCAAAGAUAUGUUAGGAAAAGAAUCUCCAUUUGGAGCUUACUGAAAGCUGGGAAACUUUUCUCAUCACUGUAGUUAUAAAAUUACAGCUUUGAAACAAACCUGUUUUUAGAUUGCAGAAAUAGCAAAAAAGGAAACGGAGAGCCUCCAUCCUCCUGGGAUCUGAUCCAGCAAGAUCGUUCUCCUAAGGAAGAGGGAAACAAAUGCUUUCAAAUGUAGUGCCAGUGCAUCCUAGCGGGACGCCAGUGGGAACACAGUGUGAUCCAGUGUGCAAACGUGGCUGUGUCCCUCUCCUUGUUGGCCACCACGGAUAGUCCUAUUCAGUCAUUUUGCACCUAUUCGAUCUUGAGUCCUGGAACACAAUUAAAAAAACAACUAAAUUGGAUUUAAAGUGGUUUACAUUGCCUCUCUGAUCAUAAAAUCCUACCUGCAUCAGCCACAGGGUGUGAUGGGUCAUUUAUAAUAGAAGCUAUAGGGCUUCCCAGAUAGAUAAUAACGUUUGAAAAACCAUUAUCACAAAUUGCCUUGGAAAACAGAAAUAGAUAACUAAAAGGUGCCUUGAUUGACCUUUAUUUCUACACAGAGCAUUUUUGUAAACCUUGAAUUUUUUCAUAUUUUUUUAUGUUCUUCACGUCAUUUUAGGAUUAAAAAAUCUCAUAUAUUUGGCAGUCAUUAAUCAUUCCGUUCUGAAUUCUUGCAGGAAAGUGAUGCAUUAUCAGUCUUAAUAGAUGCAGUUCAAUCUUUUCCUCUAGAUAACAUUAUCAGAUGAUUAUUUGCUUAAAAAAAAAAAAAAAAAAGUUAAAAGGGACUUUCUUUACAAACCCUUGCGAUAAGGACAGUGGGGUUCCUUGGAUGUGUAAGGACCAUCCAUAGGAUAAGACAUUUAAAAUGGUCUGACCUGUGUAUUUUAAACCUUUUUGGUUUGUUUUGAGAUAUCAAAAAUAAAUGGUUUCCUAUUUCUUAGCACCUAGUCAGUCUGCAGGAUAGUUCUGAAAUAGCAUUAACAAUAAAUGCUGUAGGUAGAGCAUGUUUCAACUAUAUUAUUAUAAUUUAUUGCAUUUCAUUUUAUUUUAUUUUUUUGUAUAACAAUGAGUUGUAAUUUAUGGGGCUAUUUAUACGGGGGAAAAAAAGGCAAUAUGAAAGCAUGGGUAGAGUGAUGCACAGACCAACAUGUAACAAUAAGAUGCUCAAGAGUUCCAUGGGUUAAAAUGGACCAUGGAACUUUGAAGUCCCAAGCAAGCUAAACUGUUAUCAAUUCCCAAUGUAUAUUUCAGAGAGAUGCAUUCUGUCAUGUAAGGACAGAAACAUAAAGUCUGUUGUAUUAACACAGUUGAAAGGAAUACAGGACAAUAAAUUUUAAUCCUGACUUCAGAUUUUUGAAUAAGGGGCCUGUGCUGCCUAUUCUGUUUACAAUGGCUUGUGCUUUGUGAAUACAUAUCAAAUGUUGUAAUAUAUUUUUAUUACAUAAAGUUAAUGGUUAAUACAAAGUAACAUAUAAAUAAAUACGUACUAUAUAUGUAUAUUGUGAUUUUUGUUAUAUUUACUGGUAAUGAAAUGUGAUUAUGAUUAAAUGACUUCGUGUGAGCUAUUUUUUUAUAUAAAACUUUACAUUUUAAA